UGCAGGUUCCUGCUGAGACCCUCACACUCUCAGACUCGACUCCACAGCAACGCAGAUUCUGCAAACGCUUUUGCAGGAUCCGACUCGGCGGCCUUUUCUGUUCCUGCCUACCACUGUGCGCGUUCCGUUCUCGCCGGCUCUGGGAAACUUGGACGACGACUUCACGGCGAGCGGCUAGCCAAUCAGCGCGCAAUCGCAAAGCUGUCCCAGAUCGUCUGCCUUGCUGGGCGUUGACGUGGUUUCCGGGGCGUUUACGUGUUUUUUGAGGCGUUGACGUGUUUUUCGCGGCGCUGCAAGGGCUUCAGGCCUCACAUGGCGGUCAGCCUCGAGCAACGUACAGAGUACACAUCAGUCACGACCUUGCAGAGCCGGUGAGCUCGCCAUGUGUUCCUCACCGGAGCCCUCUGGCCCACUGCGCACGUUGCCGGACGGCGGAUGUGCUACUGCGGAGACUUCACGGCUAAGGGCCUUAAGUCAACAACGACUCCGCCGGCCAAUCGCACAGCGAGCGCAAAGUCUAGCGCAUGUGCGUUGGACGGCCAGCACUCUUCCGCUGCCUCGGCCAUGUUGGGCAGACUGCGCAAUGUUGAGAUUCGUGGUCUGGAACAUGGUAUGGUGUAAGACCGCAGUGUACCUUGGUACUGCUGGAGUACGUACUCAAUACUCUUGGUACCAGCGAUGCAAUGCUCUUGCGUGCCAAGUCCCGACGUGCAUUGCCGCAAAGGCAGCGCAACAUCAGGGUUCAUUCGAUGAAGUUGUUAUGACGCUGCUCCAGGGUCUGCCGGUCUGGCCAGCCUCGACGAAAAGCAGCGCACGUCUGGAAAAGCAGCGGGGUCGGCCAGUCUACCGCGAGCUACCUUGUAGGCUGGUGUGGGGUCUCGACGGCUCAACGUUAGUCGCCGAGCCAACCUCACCGAGCCCUUGCAUGAUUCUACCCUGCCUCGACGAAGUGGUUGAGGAAGUUCGGGCAGACAAUUGGGAGCCUCCUGCGCCGUCGAGAUUACAAGAUGAAUGUUGGAAGGCCAACCGGCGUACCUGAGUGGCUGAGACACAGAGCACGACACGAGCGAGGCACCACGUUGGUAGCCGCUCUGGGUCUCAGGCACCGCCGCUGAUUGGCCGCCCUUGUGUCGUGGCCGCGGCUGUACCUGCGCAUCUAAAAGUGUAGCCAGGCACCGCGACGGACAGCGUUGCACGAUGCCACGUCGAGCGAGAAUCGCUGGCUUCGGUCGCAGUCCCACGAUGUUG